GCGUAUCGAUGCGCGUAGCGAUAGCAAACAAUUUCAAAGUAGCAGCGUAGUGUUUGGUAUGUAUGUUAGGUUAGAGUAGCUGUUUUCACGAUUAAAAGUAUUCUCGCGCUGAUACGGACAAUGACGCGCGUUCGUCACCAAACGUUUAGACAUUAUACGCUGGCCGAUGAUAGAACGUAACUUCACCGGACGAAGUUACCCGUCGCACGUGUUGAGAGACUGCCAUGGAGUGACGGACUGUCGGAGAGCAUUAUUCGCGACCUCUUCGUCGAAACGACCCCGAUUAAGGUUAAAUCAAUUGGUGACCGCCUGUUUUAACAGUGCACGUGGAUCAGCUGAAAGAAAUGACCUCGAACGAAGCAGGUGUAUCGCUCGGCGCCGCUCGGGAAGAUGUCAAUUGGCGGAAAGAUUUGAUUUCGCAGUUACGCGAGAGGAACAGAUCGCAAACCAAUUGCUUUGCGGAUCUCAUUAGCCUACAUAAUAGGUUAUUUGAAAAUGUAAACACACUGCGAAAUACGAAUAUGCAAUUGACUGUUACAAACGAGACUCUUCGUCGUGAGGCAUCCAAUGGUAGUAUUGGUAUGGGUGGAAAUCCUGAUCUUGAAGCUAGACUUUUAAAACAAGCGGAGGAAUUGGCAAUGUUGCACAAGAGGAAAGGAGAGCAUACACAACAAAUAGUAGAUCUCAAUAAUAAAUUGCAAGAAAUGACAAAAGAACUUCAAGCAAAGGAAGCUAGUCUUGCAGAAAGUUCCGAAGCUAAUGCUAACUUACGUUUAGAUAUAACCAGAUCUCUUGGUAGAGAGAAAGAUUUAGAAGGUAUUAAUCAGAUGCUCAAGGAUGAACACCAAGCCUUGCAACUUGCCUUUGCGUCUUUAGAAGAAAAGCUUAGGAAAACACAAGAAGAAAAUCGACAGCUGAUUGAGCGCUUAAUAAAGUAUAAAGCUAGAGAUGCAGAAAAGAUGAAUGAGGAAAAUGAUAAUUUUUUAAGUCAUGCAGUUCAUGGUUUUACGAGUCCAACAGCCUUUUUGAUGCAUACCUUAUCAAAAUUUGGGAAAAGACAAGCAAAGAUGCAAAAGGAAUUAGAAGAUGCAGCACGAGAUACGCGACCUGUUAGUCCUGAUCGUUUAAGCUUAAAAGAAGUUGCUGGUCUUCCGACAGCAGUGCCAACGAAAGUAUCCGUAACAUUUAGUGCCCAUGAGGGAGAAGUAUGUGCUGUUAAAUGGUCGCCUACUGAUAGAAUAUUGGCUACUGGAGGUGCUGAUAGGAAGGUGAAGCUUUGGAACAUUACUAAAGGUACAUCGGAGAGUAAGGGCAUCCUCGUUGGCAGCAACGCCGGUGUGAUGUCGGUGGACUUUGAUUCGACGGGCACCCUUAUUCUUGGAGCAUCCAAUGAUUAUGCGAGCCGUGUCUGGACCGUCAGCGAUCUUCGCCUAAAGCAUACACUCACGGGCCACUGCGCGAAGGUGAUGGCGGCAAAGUUUCUUGGCGAGCCGUCGAAAGUAGUUACCGGAAGUUAUGAUCGGACUUUAAAAAUCUGGGAUCUGCGCAGCAAAGCAUGUAUAGAAACGAAAUUCGCUGGUUCGAGUUGUAAUGAUCUCGUAACUUCCGAUGGAGCUGGUUCUACGAUAAUUAGUGGUCAUUUUGAUCAAAGGAUCAGGUUUUGGGACACUAGAGCCGAAUCCAGCUCAAAUGACAUCUUAUUGGAAGGAAAAGUUACAUCGUUAGAUUUAUCCCGCGACGCAAAUUACCUUUUGAGUUGCGUGAGGGAUGACACAUUAAAACUGAUUGAUUUACGAAUGAAGAAGAUUGUCGGAUCGUAUAGUGCUGACGGUUUUAAAGUGGGAUUCGAUUGGACAAGAGCUGCUUUCAGUCCUGAUGGACAGUACAUUGCAGUUGGUUCUGCAGACGGUUCUGUUUUCAUCUGGUCGAUAGUGACGAAUAUGAUUGAAACAAUUCUAAAGGGACACACGACAGCGGUAACGGCCGUAUCUUGGCAUCCGCACGGUACAUACUUAGCGUCUGUUGAUCGUGCCAAGACGGUAACGGUUUGGGGCGACCAGGUUUGACAGGAGGAGUGAUCCCGGGACAGACGGCUGCUGUUUCACGCAUGAGGAUUUUGUGCCGUUCACGUUUAGCCAUUUUCCUCAUAGCCGUGAAAACGAAUAUGCGUUUGCAAUUUCCGUCAGCAAUCCCACCAGAGAUCGCAAUGAGCAUCCAGCGGGAUAAUAAUCAAAAUCAUCGGUCGGGUUCGGCCGCGUGGGUUGUAAAGCCUUGUAAGGACGCCGUUGUGAAGUUGUAAAGCGCAGACACCGCACUGAACAAAUCCACAGAAGUGGUAGGGACUAUUGUACAUAAAAUUGCACUUAUUGUUACUCCCAGGUUGUAAAGAUUCCCUAUUUAGAAUAGUAACCUGCGCGCCAAGGCCGUGCCGCGUCGUCUACUCCCAGGAAAUUUAAGAAAUUAUCGUAGUAACUGGUGUUUCUCCGAGACUCACUAGGCAUAAGGUUUUUUUUUUGUUAUAAAGAACACGAUAUCGCGUGUCAAUUGUCUGCACUGAAAGAUUUUGUCACUCUCGGGACUCUAUACCUAUAUAUGACAUGAUACUGUGGCAGAAUGUUUGCAGGCAUUGAAGGUUUGUAAGAAUUUAAUUCGCAAAAUAUACCCGAAUUAUUAUUUCUUUUUUUUCGCCCAAGAAAAUGUCAAUUAUUAUAUAUGAUACUCUCUAAAUUUCCUAGAGUGAAACAUUCACUCUUAUAGAGUGCAUUUUCACUCUAAUUAGAGUGACAAAUCACUCGAACAUUGCACAAGUUCAAUUUUCAUUCUUUUAGAGUAAUGUUUUUCACUCUAGGAAAUUUAGAGAGUAUAUAUUUUUUAGAAGAAUCGCGAAUGUUAUUAUAACAUUCAAACACGAUAAAUGAUAUUUUUCGGAAUAUAGUGAAAUAAAGAGAUAGAGCUAAAUACAAGUAAAAACGCUCUGGAUUUGAAUGAGAUUAUUUUCCCAGAAUUGACUGUGCAUUAUUAUUAGAAAUAUGGAAUGAUUGCAGAGAGAAGAUUAAUUUAUUUUCGUAAUAUAUUAAAUAUAUAUUCUUCAAAUAUUGAUAAUUAUUUUAAUCAGAUGAGUCCAAAAUCUCUUUACAUAAUGCAAAAUUAAUUCUGAUUGAGCAAUCUCACUUUAACUUGCGGCAUUGUAAUUUUAAUUUUUCGUUUAAACUCUCCUACAUCACUGAAACGAUAAAUGUCUUAAUAUAAGUCUAAUGAAAUGGAAAUCAGAAUGUAAAAAUUAAGCAAACAAGCACAAUAAUGAUUUAUAUGUACAAUUAACGUUAGAAUAUCAUGCGCCAAUCGAGAUUGAUCAUUGUUUUCACUAAUAAAUGAGACGAUUAAAUAAUUAAAAUUAUUUGUACGUAAUUUUUUUUAUUACAAAACAUCUGUUGGAUGUUAAGCCUUAGAUAAAGUUAUAAGUAUCUGAUCGAAGAGGCUCUAUAAAAUAAUAAUAUGAUCUAGAUUUCCAAAACAUCGGACUUUUACGAUUAUAAUAUAAUUUCCCAAGUGUUUUUAAUGAUUUUGAUAAUUGCGAUUAUCAUAUUGUACUAAUUUUUGUUAUUUACAAUCUACUCAGUGUAGUAAUGGCUUUAUUAAUAUACUUAUUCGGUUUUACAUUAACUACUAUAUAUAUAUUUCUAUCAGCCGCAAGUGCUUUUUUAUUGUUUUAUAUUUUUACGGCGCUCUUCGAUUACCAUUUGAUAUUUAUUAGUACUUGCGUAAAAUUAUAAAGUACUUGCGUAAGAUUUUAAUAUCUGAAAAGCAACUUGAAUUUAAAAUUCACAUCGUUCAAAGAAUCACAUGUUACAAACAAUUAAAUAAUACUUUAAUGGGCGUUUAUAUGCUAUAUAAUUAAAUUAUAUCAUAUACAACACUUUUUUAUUUGUAAUGUGUUAUUAAAAUAAUUAACUUCCAAUUAUCACACGAAGAAUUGGUCGUUGGUUUGCAUGACAAGAAAAUUCUCUCUUAAUAUUGACUGGUUUUAUUUUCCAAAUAGAAGUUAUUUCAAUUCAUCUUGUUUCAAAGGAAUAAUAUCUUAUUAAAAUUUUUGUUCAAUAAAAAAAAUUAUUAAAUUAUAAAAUUAUUUAUACUAUAAUUCCAUAUGUUAGAUUAUGCAUAUACUUUUGUCUAUGUAAAUUAUAUACCGAAUUUUUUAGAUAUUUAUAUAUAUAGCUCUAAUAGAAAAAUAUAUAUUUUUCAAUAAAAUUUUUCAAUAAAAUGUUUGCUUAAAUGAAAAUUUCAGAACGAUUGUGAAAUCUAAUUAUAAAAUCAUAAUUCAGAUGUAUUCACUAAAUCGUAACAUGUAAUUAUUUAAACAGGAAAAAUUUUCCGUACUAAUGACUUCCAUACUAGUGAUUCAUGUGUGAAAUCUCUCGGUUAAAACAUUUUUCCAUAUAAUAUUAAUAAAAUUUCAUAUAUUUUAUAAUCAUUUCAUUGCAUCUAACAAUGCAAACUAAUGAUCAUGCCUCUUCGUUAUUGCAAUAAUAACUACUGGCUCGGAUCUCGAGCGAACAAUCGAUUGCGUCCAAAGUAUUGUGUAAUGAUUUUAAUACUGUACACUUAUAUAUCUCAUUUUCGACUAUUAAACCUGUCUGUAUUUUCUCUAUAUACAAUACUACAAUUUAGCCGAAAUGCUAUAUAUAUUGUUCACAUAUGUAAAUAUAUAUUAAACGUUCCCCUCUUGUAUUUUGUAAAAAA